CGGUCUCUUCGGUUAGAAGCAAAUUGGUUUCGUGUCGCGAAUGACCUGAGUAGUAGAAAAAAAAUAGUGAACUAAACUGGCCAGAGACACUAAGUUGGUGCCACUUGAUUCGAUAAUUACCGAAGGAUUAAAUCCAUGGAUUAGCAGCAGAAUAUCAACCAGAAGAGGAUUAUCUUAUAAUGGAAACCCAUUCGAAGAGGGCAAACUGAUUUUAGUUUUCCGCAAGAUGAAGAAGUGUUUUUGAUAAAACGAGUUGUUGAUAACCAAGAGCUGUAGCAAAAGUGUGCAUGGCAGUGAAACGUGAUCAAUCACCGUGUGGCUCCGUCGUCCUGCACGCUGGUGAAUUUACUGGAGACAUGGCCGGCUAAUGGAAUUUUGCGGAAAAUUGAAGCGCUCCAUUGCAAACAAGUGAAGCGUAAAAUAGCUAGUGCUGCAAAGAGUCAUACCAGUAUCCUUUCGUGGCAUUUGAGUGCAAUUACCACGUGCAUUCCCGUUUCUCAAGUGUUGGCUGUGAGCAAAACACAUGCAGAAGUAACAAACAUCCUGCUAAUGGCUUCGCUAAUGAAAACUUAUACAUUUCAAAAAGUGAAUGUUAGUUCCAUUUUAUAGAAUCAAAAACGGGUAGAAACAAUUGAGUGCAUGGAAUGCUGUGACCUGACUCCGUGGAAGUGGACCGUAUUGUGUUAACGUGAUCAUUAAGGAUAUAAUUUGCGUGCUGGAUAAUCAUAACAAGCACGUGUUUCGUCAUCGUUUCGGAGAAGUAGCAUCAACAUUCCCACCAGCCAAGGCACGUCAUGAACAGGAUCCGCUGACACGUUGCACACUCGUAUGAACCCCUGCAGAGACAUCGGACGUAAUACCGAUAGGAGACGGUACACAGCACCGGUGGCCACUGUUGCGACCAGGAAUCAACGGUGGCGAUGCCUUGGGAGCGGUACCAUCAGGCCGAACAACAGGAUCCGUGAUACUGCAAAAGCCGAUGCCUGGUAACCCAUCCGUGUGCGCCUAUAAAUGUAUUCCCCCACCGUCUUGACGUAUGGCUAUGUACUACUAUGCAAGCAAAUUGUCAGCAGUAGCAUGUGGCACUCGUUGCCGGCAGGGAUUAACCAGACGGCAGCGUAAUCGUAACGGACGCUAUCAGGGCAAGAAGAAAGACGAUGAAGACUCCGACGAUAAUAAGAAAGAUAAAAAGACCUUAUCCUCGGUAUUGUACGACAGCGCAGACGACACAAUCGUGAUAUCGGUUGAAUCAUCAGAAAAGCCAGAAGUGUGCUGCGAAAGCACGCCCACAUUCACGAACACGGCGCUUGGCACGGGCGGAAUUAUGUACGGAAACGGCAAUAUCGUGUCCGGACCACUGGAAUCACUCAUCGAUUUGCUGAUGCCCACCAACGCCGAUGACCUAGACCAGGAGUAUGCUUUUUCGUUUUUGCUCUCGAGCCGGUUUUUCAUCCGCACGCACGAACUGCUGGGGAAGCUGCUGGAAUCGAUUCCCGAUCCAAAACCAUUCGAUCGGCUGGUGCCUCUGCUGGCCGUGUGGACCAAGAUGUUCCCGUACGACUUUCGCGAUGAACGAAUGAUGAACCACGUUAAACAUAUCGUAGCUAGAUGCGCAAACACCGAAUUAGCUCAAGUGGUGUCCGAACUACUUUGUGCCUUGUUAGCUCGCCUAACCGAACUUGAGAAACACGAAGAGGAACUUAAAAGCUAUCAAUCAACUGUUGACAAUAAGACUGAAUCAAUAAAAUGGCCGAACGCUUCACAGCUAGCACAACUUCUCUGUCUUAUCGAGCGAAAUCUGGCAAAACACGUAGGGCCGGAGGAAUUCGUGCAAUGUAGUGCUAGUUUACUCAAAGAUCCAAACCGGGAGGACUUUACUCCACGGCCCUUUGGGAGCAGCUUUCCGGUCGGACGAGUUGCACUCGACGGCAAAAAAACAUGCAACCUUGAAAGCUAUCUGGAAUGGUCUGCCAAACUUCGGCUGCUGGUGGCCAACGAAAUAUUGAAGUGCCAAAACAUUCAGGACCGCAACGACAAGGUGGAGCUUUGGAGCGGCGCAGCCCAGUAUUGCCUCCUGGUGGGGAACUACAACAGCGCCACCGCCAUCCUGGAGUCACUGGAUAUACCGCCUAUUGCUAGAUUACAAAUCACGUGGAGUAAACUCUCGACAACGACCAGCCAACAAUUGGACUGCAUGCAGCGUCACGCGGAAGGUUGUGGCAAUUUAUGGAGCAAACAGACGGAAGGAGAAACUAGUGUAAAUAAAAAGCGACGACCAGCGACAGCGGCAGCAGCAGCAGCUGCAACGCCAUCAUCGUCGUCUAUCCCUAGGUCAAAAAGCAACGAGUGGGUCGUCGUUCCGGUCUUCGUUGACAUCGUGAAACUGUCGCUCAAGUCCCGGGAGGACUGCUGCGUUAGACUCCCCAACGGGCACAUAAAUAUUGCUGCGUUCGACAGAUUGGCCGCAAUUGUCGGCGCCUUCACGAGGCACAUGUGCCAGGUCAAUCAAACACUGCCGGAGGUUGGAGAAUUCGCACAUCUUUGUUACUAUAUGCAAUCAUGCAGGCUGUUAAGCGAAACAGAACUAAUGCUGGCGUCAUUCGAGUGCGAGGAACCUACGAUUGCCGAGAAGGAAUUGUACGACGUCUCAUAGCAUCUCUGCCGGAUUGGCAGCAUUUUAAUCGAGCCCACAAUGGAUGGUAUGAGCCAUCUGCAUUUUCCCGCAGCAGAUCGGGAAGUGGUAUGUCCCAACCAAUAUCCUAAGUUGCUGGCAAUAAUACAGCCACUGCCGAUGGUAAUUCAAGACUUUUCCUCCUUCCUUUUGGCGGGACGGUAGCAGCGCUGGUUGCCGGGCAAUACCGAAGCAACGCAGUGAAUUACCAAAGGAUUGGCCCAACAAGCAGCAGCAGUCACCCAACUGGUUGUUCAAAGUGGAUCGAUUGGAUGAACGAAUUUUAAUAUGCCAAUAUAUAGUCAAGACGAGACGUACGCGCUACACUGUGGAAACAGAAUCAAGUCCCGUUCGCUAAACAUGAAUAAAUAUUAGAUGAAUUCUGUGCUGUAAAAUAUUCAAUAAAAUGUAUGUGAUUAGCUUGUAACAAUAAGAGCAACAAAAUAUGUUUCCUGUCAGGCAAUUCGAUUCCUCGUGAAAUGGUGAACGGAAUUUUAUUUGCACGUCACUACGCAACUACGUUUUUUGUUUUAUCGUUUUUAAACCAAGUACUUCAACUUGAAUUGAUCAACCUGCAUAACGAAUUGUACCAAAAACCAAACGGAUAAAACAAAAAAGAAAUAUAAUAAUAACCUAGUUGUGAUACCUAGUUUGCGAA